AAUAAAAUAUUUAUUAAAGUUUAAACAUUACAAAAAAGAAAAGAAAAACAAAAGAAAAUAUAAACCAUAAACAGUUGCAAAGCCUCAAAAACAAAAUCAAAUACAGCAAUACAAAACAUCAACAAUACAAAAAGAAGAAAAGAAAAGAAAAGCAUUUAAAAAAGGAACCCAAAAGAGAACAAACAAACAUACAAAAGAACCCCAUAUUUUCAUAUCCUUAUCUUUCAUUAGCUUAUUUCCUCGACUUCCUCACACCUCCUUUUUUGUAUUCUAGUUCAAUUAAAUAUUCUAGCAAGUCCUUUCCCUCUUUCACAAAUUUAGUUCCAUAAUUUAAUUUAACGAAAUUUUAAACUUAAAUUUACAUCUUUACCCAAUGUCAAUCUAUUCAUACUUAAUUCUUUAUAUUUCUACUAAAGUCAUAUAACUUCUUUCCAGCAUCUUUCUAACUUUCAUUAAUUUUAGAAUAUUUCUGUAAAUAAGCUUUGAAUUUUUUCCAAUCUUCUUCCACCGACUCUUCUCCCUGGUCUCGGAUUCUACCAGUCAUUUCCACCAAUUCCAUAUAGUCCAUCAGCUUCAUCUGCCAUUCUUCCCUGGUAGGUAGGUCUUGUGUCUUCCAGUGCUUUGCGAUGAGUAUUCUUGCUGCUGUUGUAGCAUACAUGAAAAAAACUCUAUCCUUCUUUGGCACCAAUUGGCCCGCUACUGGGCCUUCCUAAUGCAAUCACAACUUGCAUCAAAGCUAGUGCAAAAAUUAUCUGAGUGAAGGUUCACCACUAGCAACCCUGCCCUCAGAACUAUUCUACUGUUUGGGAGUGGAGGAAGAUAACUUUUGUUUCUUGGCAAAACUUUUUUGUGUAUGUUGAAGUCCAUUCACAAUCUUUUCCACCAGGAAACACACCAAUACAGGUGUUCAAGAAGAUAUAAUGUGAGUAUACUUUUUGGUCACUUGUACUGCAGCUGUGAAGAUUGCCUUUAUCUACAGAACCCCAGUUCUUUAGUAUUUGAAGCAAAGGAAGAUAUGUUGACCAUCUCCUCUGGUCUUUAACUAGAUUCCCAGACUUUACACAUCACUUAACAUUUUGUUCUCUGUAGACAAAAUAACUUGCAAAUGCGAAAGUAUGCACAGCACUGAACCAUGGAAAACCAUUUCAACAUCUAUCUGGGAAAAUCUUGUCCACAGCUCUCAAUGCCGUAACUAAUAACCAAAAUGAACUGGAAAUACUGAUCCAGAUUCAGAAGCCAUUCCUGGAGGAAAAAGUUGGUGAAGUUCUAGAAGCAGCUGUGGGGUGCACGCAAGGAGCUAUUACCUCUUUGGGAGGAGGUGCCAAAAGCUGUACUCUUUCUUUCCUCUCUGCACGGAUUUCUUCCUCCAUAUGCUCUGUAUAACUGGCAAGGCAACGUGAGUGAAAGUAGUGGUAGCAUGGUGUCUUAGUGAAAGCUUCAUUUUCCUGCACAGGGGAAGGCACAGAUUCCUAUUAAUAUAAAUCAGCUACACUGUGUGUUUUCAGCAUACAUUGAAAUAAUAAUUCCCAUUCAAUCCAAUUUCAAUUCAAUUCAUAUGUAAUAUAUGUGGAUGCUGGCUCAGAUUCAAACAAUCACAUUAACAGGGGCUUUUUGCACCCCAUUCCCACUGUUACUCCCCUUCCCACUGUGGGGACACAUGCACACACUUUUGCAGAACAGAAUGCAACACAGCACUAGGGAGGGAUCUAGAGACAUCCCAACAAGUUCCCAUUCCCUCUUCCUUCCUUUUUGAGUGAGUCCCAGCUUCACCUCAUUCUUCCAUAUAUUAGUGCUUUUAUUCCCUAUGGCUCCCCACAAAUGAAAACAAUAUGCCAAUCCAGCAUGCCCUUACCUGAAAACCAUACAGGCAAAUCACACACUGCCCAUGAGGGAUGUUGUUGUCUGUAAGAAUUUCCUUUCCCUUCUGUGAAGACAGAGAGGGUCAGUUUGUCAUUUCACACAAUAAAGGCGCAACAGCCCAAGCCAUAGGUCUGGACAGCCUGCCUCCCCUUUCUGUUCUCUUACCUCUAUUAGCUCAUAUAACAUAGCUGUACCCAGCUGGGCCUCAGCAGUACAUUGUAGUGUCUGGGAAAUCCUAAAAUGGAGGCAAAAAAGGGGGCAGGGUAAGGAGAAAGGCUAGAAUAGAUGUCCAGGGAAGUGAGGUGGCAAGAACUGGAGUGGCUGAAUCAGCCACUUGCAAUAGUAAUCUCAACACCAACACAGGAUGGGCGCCAGCCUCUCACCCAGUAUCUCAUCUGACACAGUAGCUACUUCAGUACAAAUUAGAAGGAAGUGGUACCAGACUGAAAUUGAAAAAGCAGCUUGAAGCCCUUCUAGGGGAAGGGAAAGCAGGUUCUAGUAAGCCACGUGUAAAGAGCCACAGAAGCUGGGACUUUGUUUUGGAUGAAGAUGCUGCAUUUCUGAUACAGUAAUGUACCAAGAUGCGUUGCCUCUAAUCUCUUAAUUUUGUCCACCUAUCAAUAACUUUUAAGGGAAAGAUCUCCUUUAACAUGUAUUCUCCCAAUGCCAAUUUUACACACAAACACCAUAAUUAAUUUAUAUGUACCCAAACAUGUUGCAUACAUGAUUAGAACUUCCAGUCUUGUUUGUAACCUCAUUCCCCAUGCUCCCAAUGUUAGUAACAUAGCAACAGCCUACACAGCACAGCUCUAAAUUAUGAGAACAGCUGCAUAAUACAUAUUCCACAUAAGAUCAUUGGGCAGGUGGAACACAAUAUAAAGAAGCUCCCACCUCCCCACACUUUCCAUUAAAAGUGUGACAGACUGAAACAAAGAAAACCUUACUUCUUGCACUGAACUGGAAAGAGUUUGCAUAAUACACUUACUUUUGGAUUUGCUCAUCUGACAGCCCUCGAGGAUUCUGGAUGGCUAUCUUUGGCACUUCAUUUGGAUACUAAUAAGAAACAAAGCCAAGUCAAAAUGAGUAGUACAGCCAUGCUAAAGUGCUAUAUAGCAAAACAGUCACUCAGGUCAUACAAGGCUUUACCUGAAGAGGCACGGAUAGCACCAAGGUUAAGCAGACGUACUGAGACUCCUGGUCCUCUGCAGUUGCUGGAUGAAGGGUGAUAGAUAUUUCCCACGGCACAGACCUAGGGUUGAAGAAAGGCUCAAGUGAGGGUCUGGUGUCAAAUGAAAGGAAGAUGGAACAGGAGAGAUAAUGCAGGUGGGUUGUUAUUCCUUCCUUUCUCAGGCUGAAAGAAGAUUGAAGCAGGCAUAAUGCAGACCUUCCAUUCUCCCCACCCCAUAUUCUUACAAAGAUAACUAUUUCAGAAUGGUAGUAUCAAAUACAAGGAGGGGAAAAAAGAAGUGACUAAUAUUUUGAGAAAUUAACAAACAUGAAUCAGGGGUUGCAAUUCAUUCCAAGUUUGUGCAGGACACUGUAGUCUAAUCCAAAAACAGGGUACAGUCUUCUAAACCAGGAAUCAAGUUCCACAAUGACAUAUGCAAGAUCACAGGAGUGACCAAUACUUUAAAACAAAAAACCAGCAAAGGGUUAGGGUUAGGGUUGCAAUUACCUUCCGUUUCCUUUAGACACAUGUAGCUCAUCCAAGUAGAUGGACUCUAAGACUUCCACUUCUGAAGGCAGAGUCCUGAGUAAGAAAAAAAAUAAAUCAUAUGAUAUAUAAGGCUAAUUUCCUCAGGUUUCUCCUGUCCAUCAUGUAUGAUGUUAUGCGUGGGGCAGAUAGAAAUCAGGAUUGAACUCCUAUGCAUUAGCUGAUGCUCAGGAAGUUCAAUUCAGCUCAGAUCAAGCACAUCAGCCUCUUCCUGCUGGGACUGGACUGGCACUUCCCAGUAUGUACAGAGCAGGACAGAAACAGAUAGAGAGUUCUCUUGCAUCAGCUGAUGCAAAUGGAGUUCAAUUCUCCCCCAGGGCCAACAAUGACAGUAGGUUGGAACAAUCCAUCUGUCAAUCACCUGAUAUCAAUAUGUCACCAAAUGAUUGACAGGUAGGUGGUCCCACACACUUCUCAAAAUUGGCCCAUUAGGGUGGGAGAGAUAAAGAUCUAGCCCACCAGGGCAAAACUGCUUUAGAGUAUCACCAUGGCAGGCAAAUCCGUGUUCAAGAAGAACAAAUAACGCACACACCACAUUAGACUCCUACAUUAACUUAGGUUUUGGGGGUCAUGUAACCCAUUUGUAAAUGCUGACAUCUUGUGGCAAUCCAACAUAAUAACCUGAAUUUUAAAAAUGCCACUAAAACGCUUAAGAGGCUAGGCACUUGUGAAGGGGCACAAAGUCUAAACUAGCAGACCUUUGCUGCUGCCAGUGAUAAUGAAAACCACAAAAACAUUUCUCUCUUGCUACUUCUCAGAAUUUUACCUUACACACAAUUCCCACAACAGUGGGUAGUUUACCAUGCUUGAGAAAGGCUGUCAUUCUCUUUCUGUUUUGAUUCUGUGGCUGAAAAAUGACACAGCUCCAUACUGCAAAGGGCAGAAACACAGCUGUAAUACUAACCGAGAGUGAGAUUGUUGCAUGGAGUAUUUUUUCAUAAUAUCCAUAAGGAACCAGUGGCAUAACAGCAGCUGACUGAGAAGAGAUCUCAGUUGGCAUAUGCUUCUAGCCAGGUAACUGUGCGGUAAAGAGAAGGUAUUUAUUUCUCUAUCUACAGUUUUUCAUAAGGAGUUUAUAAAAAAAACCAAAAAAAAAAACCGAACCCUGCUAGAAGACCAAAGGGCGAGGAGGAACAGGAUUGGCCCAGGGAGUGGAUUUUGCACUUGGCUUGGAUAUAAGAUUCAUAUCGCUGCUUGUUCGGCUACUGGGCGCUGCCUUUCUCUCUCAGCCCCCUACCCUCAGAAAUAGCGCGCGGGGGGCGGGGGGACCGUGUGCUAGCUCACUCCCUGUUGUGACGAGACCCAGGAAGAUGACGAACCACAUCGUACAUGUCGAACAUUAGAUAAGAACAAGACGAACGAAGAAACAAAAAAAUUCCUUCGUGAUGAGAUGGCCUGGGCUACAGAAAACAGAGGAGGAGGGGGGGGGGUAUGCCAGCCAUUUGCUCAUCUGCCUUCAGCUUAGAGAGAAAGGAGGACACAGAAGGCCGAACCGCUCCCUUACCAAUCCGCCGCCAACUCCUCCUGCUCCUCGCCGUCGCCGGUCGCCGCCAUCUUGACAGGCCCGGAAACUCAACCGCUUUGGAAUGCUUGCCGGGUUCUCUUCCGGUGCUGGGGGUUGCUAGGCAACAGCCGGGAGACGCCGUUGCGCGGGGCCUGCGCUGAUAACUAGCCUCCGUCCGCCCCGCCCCGCCCCGCCCUACUCUCGAGCCGCCGGGUUCCAACGGCCCCUGCCGGGCCUCAGCGCGGCAAAGGCUUUGUCAGACGAGCCGGGUGGGACGUGGGUGCUUCUGCCCUUCCCCUGGAUUGACCUGGAAGGAGGAGGCUGAGGCGAAGGAGCCGGUGUCGGGCUGCAGCGCACAGCCCGACCUUCUGUGCAUUUCUCUGCCCCAUUUCACUUUUGUGGAGCUUACUCCUAAGUAAGUGGGCGUAGGAUCGUCGCCUUAGGAGGCUCCUCAAGACGCCGUGGCCGGGUGAGGACUUUAUACAGUAUAGCAGAAGGGAUUCGGAGAGUUGUGCAGGCAAAAAGAUGGCUAAAAAGACUGUGUGUGUUGAUGGACUCCUGAUGGGCACUUUGGAGCAGGGGUGCCUUAACUUUUUUCUUGGGAAGCAUUAAAAACAUGCCUUGCAUUAGCUUCUUUUUCGGUGAAGGUGCUUGCUCAAAUUAAUUUUGUUAUGAGACUGUCCCUGAAAUAUUUGGAUGUUCAUAGAUGGCUCUGUUAUAUCCUAAUGACCUGGAACUUGCAUGCUUUAUUAGUGGCUAAGCGAUUGGUUUUACAGCAUUGCAAGGACUUGAUAUCUCCUCCAAUAGCUCCUUGGUUGGAGAGCUUUCUUCUCAUGCAUCGCAUGAAAAAACUGCUUUUGCCUGGAGAUUCAAAAAGCACAACUAUUCUGAGAUCUGGGACCCCUCUUUAGAGCUGAUUGCCUGAUAUGCAUGUCAUAUUGGCUUUGCCAGAGUCUACUCCCCUUUCCCCAACCUUUUCUGACUGCUUUGCUCCCUUUUUUCUUUUUGAUUCUUGCUUUUGACCACACAUGCAUGAUUUGUGUGCUUAUUUUGCAUUUUUCUGUUGUGAACAGCCUUGGGAUCUUCAGAUGAAGGGAGGUAUACAAAUAUAAUAAAUAAUAAUAAUAAUAAUUUUGCAAAAUGCUACAGUGGUACCUCAGGUUAAGUACUUAAUUCGUUCCGGAGGUCCGUACUUAACCUGAAACUGUUCUUAACCUUAAGCACCACUUUAGCUAAUGGGGCCUUCCGCUGCUGCCGCGCUGCCGGAGCACGAUUUCUGUUCUCAUCCAGAUGCAAAGUUCUUAACCUGAGGUAAUAUUUCUGGGUUAGCAGAGUCUGUAACCUGAAGCGAUUGUAACCUGAAGCUUAUGCAACCCGAGGUACCACUGUAUUGUGAAUUGACAUGCUUUGCCUUUGUGCUUACAUUUCUCAUUUACUGUUCGUGUUUAGCUUAAUCUCUUGUCUCUGCCCUUUCAGAUUAAUACCCACCCUUCCCCACAUUCCCAUCAUGGAGAAGUAUCAUGUCUUGGAGAUGAUUGGCGAAGGCUCUUUUGGAAGAGUGUACAAAGGGCGUCGCAAAUACAGUGCACAGGUAAGAGCACAAGGGAACAGGGGGAUGGACCUCAUCAACAGGCAAGAGAGUUAAUUUAGGGAGAGUUGUUUCCAAAGAUUGCUAUAUUAGAAGUCUGCUCCUGAGCCUGCAGUGGUCAUUGUUUCACAAUGAGUUUUUCAGGGACAGACAGAGGGGAAAGUAGUGUAUGACACAUUUCCAGCCUUUUAAAAUAAUAAUAAUAAUAAUAAUAAUAAUUAUUGGCAGGUGGUGGCCUUGAAGUUUAUCCCUAAAGUGGGUCGCUCGCAGAAAGAGCUGAAGAAUUUGCAGCGAGAGAUUGAGAUCAUGAGGGGGCUUCAUCAUCCCAACAUUGUCCAGAUGCUUGACAGUUUUGAAACUGAUAAAGAGGUAAGGGACUUGCUGGGAGUCCUUUUUAAAUGUGGGAGGUGAAGAAGAAAAUGGUGUCUUCCUGGCUCUGUGGAAAGUCCCCCAAGAAGCAGAAAGGCCUGAAAAUGGCUACAUUUUGUUUGAUGAAGUUUAGGUUAUAUGGUGUUUUCCAGAUGUCUCAAUGAGUACCUAGGAGGAGUGAACUAAAAUUUAUCCAUUUUGGUAACAGCUAUCUAAAUUACACAUCUUGUCUGUGGAAGUUUGGAUUGCCACAUCAAGCCUAUUGGUUCAUGAGGCUGCAUCAGCCAAUUAACCUGCCAAGACCUAUCAGCAGAAUGACAAUAUCCAAAGAAUGUCCCAACACACUUAGAGUUUGUAGCUCUCCAUAGGGACCUUCAUCAAAUAAGAAUGUGUUGGUAGCUGCUGCACACUCUUCUUUUGAUGGUGGUUUCCUGUUGGCUUCAAACAGCACAGAGAGCUUAGUCAUAUUGUCAUUCCCUACCCACAAGUGUCCCACCUUUGAAAAUGUUCUCAUUGGCAUUCUGGUCUUGUUUAUCUCCUUCAGGUUGUGGUAGUGACAGAUUAUGCUGAAGGGGAGCUUUUUCAGAUCCUUGAGGAUGAUGGGAACUUGCCUGAGGAGCAGGUAACUAUGACAAGAAGAGUGAGUGGGGAUUCAGUGUGAUGAAUGACUCCAGGAAUGGGAGAGUAGCUGGAGUGUGGGUAGGUGUCAGUCUCUGCUAGACCAUAAACCCUCCAGCUGUGUACUUUGACAUGAACCUGUUACAUUUCCUGGAAUAGUGACUGAGGUGCUUACAAGACAGUCCUAAUCUUUAAAAAGAUGAUCUGAGAAACUAGAGACCCAUCCCUCUGAAUUUGAUACCAGGGAUGAUUUUAGAACAGCUUAAAUCAAGGAAAGAUUUAAGGAAGUUGGUACUGUAUGUCUUUUUGUUUAUUAAUUUUUUAAACCAAUUUAUAUAUUACUCAAAUUGGAAUAUCAAAAGUGGGGUAUGGUACAAUAUAAAAACACAAUAAACCAUAAAACAUUACAUACUCAGUAUAAAAUUCACCAUGAUUAUUAAUAAGAAGAUAGGAAGCUGCCUUGAGUCAAACCAUUAGUCCAUCUAGCUCAGUUAUGUCUGCUUUGACUGGCAGUGACUCUCCAGUGUUCUAGAUAAGGGACAUUGCCAGCCCUAUCUAGAGAUGCUGAGGAUUGAACCUGGGACCUUCUGUAUGCAAAGCUCUGCCACUGAGCUACAGCCCUUAUCCUAAAUAAAUAAGAAUAUCUGGAGUCACACUUCAAGUGAUGCCUGAGUGAACAUAUGUGUUUUGAACUAGCGUUGAAUCUGGAGAAGAGAAGUCUAGCAGCAGAUGGACAUGAUUGCAGUCUUCAAAUACCUGAAGGGUACAUAGAAGAGUGGAAAUGCUUGCUCUCUGCUGCCCUCAAGGAUAAAAAUAGAUCUAAUUGUCUUAGGAUAAUACAAAUAGAUUUCUGUGUGUUGGGGAAGGACUUGUGAUUCACAAUUGAGGGGCAUCAGCAAAGAUAACAAAAGGAAAUGGAAGUUUUGUGCUGGAGAUGUGGAGCAUCCCUACAGGAUUAAAUGGGCUUUGCAAAGUAUCAGGGUUGUCAUUUUCUUUCAGGUGCAAGAUAUUGCCUCUCAGUUGGUCUCGGCACUCUAUUAUCUGCAUUCCCACCGAAUCUUGCACCGUGACAUGAAACCCCAAAACAUCCUUCUUGGGAAAGGAGGAGUGAUCAAGCUCUGUGACUUUGGGUAGGUACGUUAAGAACUGAUCUCCCCAACCAAUCUCUGGUCUCAUUACUGAAAGGUCUCAGUUGUCUUCUUUCUUUCCUGGGAAGGUUUGCCCGUGCAAUGAGUAUUCACACCAUGGUGCUGACAUCUAUAAAAGGCACGCCACUGUAUAUGGCGCCUGAGCUAGUGGAAGAGAAACCCUACGACCACACAGCUGACCUCUGGUCAGUGGGAUGCAUUCUGUAUGAGCUGUGUGUGGGGACACCACCCUUCUACACCAACAGCAUCUUCCAGUUGGUGAGCUUGAUCAUCAAGGACCCCAUCAAGUGGCCAAAAAACAUGAGCCCCAACUUCAAGGUAACUGUACUUAAAUGCCUUCCCCACUCCAUCCAGUGAUCUCAGGGCAGGUUUAGAUGCAUUGCUUCUUUAGUCUCAUUUUAUCCACACACAAGAGCCCUGUAAGGUAGAUUGCCCUGCUAAGGGCCAUAAGAGAUAUAUUUUGCUCUAGAAGCUUAUACUUUUGGGUUUCCCAUGACUCAAAUUCAGCUAUCUGUAUCUCUGGCAUUACACUGUAUGUAUCUGUGGUUUGAGUUUGUUCUCUCCUUAGAAGCUUGAACGCCUUAGAUUUUGUUCACUCAUGCCACUUGGCCUCUUUCACACUGUUGGUGUGUAUGUCUGAAAGGUAGAAAUGCAGCUUUUAAGUGCAUUCUCCAAUCCUUAUCCUACCCCACUCCCUGUGGGGAUUAGACUGAGAUGAGUGUACUUGCUAAGGCAGGGAUGCCCCCCAAUAAUUUUGACUGCAUCAGCCACAGCCAGAUGGCCAGUGGUUAGGGAAAUGUUGUCCACAAUGUCUGAAGAACACCACAUUGCUACAUCUAUGCCAAGGAAUGUAGCUCUGUGUGCAAACAUGUUUUGGUAGUAUUGGGGCCACCAGGUUUCUUUCUUAAGGCAGAAUAUGCAGCCAUGUUUGCAAGACUUUUUUCAGUAAUCUUCAGAGCUAGAAACUUGAAAAUGAAAAAAAUGGGAACAUUCUGGAAAAUGUGCUUUUUGUAUGCAUGGAUUGAAUAGACUCUUCCCACAGCGACCAAGAAAUUUCAUUGGCUCCAAGGUUUUCCUUGUUAAAAUUAGCAGCUGGGGUUAUAGACUAUAAGUAGUGUGAGGACGUGCAAGUGACCAUCUCUCAUUACUGUGUAGAGCUUCUUGCAAGGCCUCUUGAUGAAAGACCCUCGGCAGCGCCUGUCCUGGCCAGAGUUACUCUAUCACCCCUUCAUUGCAGGGCGGGUCACUGGUGAGUACCAGCUGCCAUGCUUACUUGCAAUUUCCCCCCAUCUGGCUCCUGCAUCUGCCUUUCCUUACAGAGCCCGAUUCAAGAAAGCCCAGGCACCGACAUGAACCUUCUCUUUUGCAGUGAUUGAUGACACAGCGGAUAAAGGCAUUACCAGCCCUUUCACCAGCAAACUGCCUCCUGAACUGCAGGCCCUGAAAGAGCAGCAGACACACUCGCUGGCCCCUCACAGUGGCCAGUCAAAGAUCUUGAGGAAAGCACGGCAGAAGAUGGCCCAGGAGGCUCGGAGAAAGGUGAGAGGCAGGUAGUACCAUUGCUGGCAAGGCGACUUACGGUAUGGUGGGGUCCGGUCCAUUAGAAUCAUCCUGUGUUGCUUGACUUCUUACAGGAGAUGGGGAAAUCCAGGGCUUCGUUUAAGGAAGAAAUCCCCAAGGGGGUCCAGAGCCACACACGCAAAGCCUGCCUUGCUCAGACAGAUCCCAGGGAAGCGAAUCGGGCAGGUCCUGGCACUGGAGAACAGAGGCACCCUAGCCUUGGAGGAAAGGGAAUGGAGUGGGAGCAAAAGGAAUCUUCCCCCACACCUCGGUGAGAAGAAGGAGUUUAAAUGCCUUUAUUUUGUUGGGAAUGUGGUAUAUGAUACAUGUGCAAGGAAAGUGUGGAUCUAAAGCUGGCAGUACCAAACACCACACAGAAUCAGAGUAAGGUCCAAAUCUUUUACUGCUGUAGAAGUCAUAGGCUCAGCAAAACAGCUCUGGACAAAGUUAUACAUAGAAACGUAAGUUCCAGCUUGCAGGAUUUUCAGAUAGAGAUACUGUUGCUCUAAGUAAUACCAAAUGACCAAGACAACACUGGAAACAACUGAAUUAGCUGACAUAUAUAUGUCCCAGCUUCUGCCAACCUAGCAGUUUGAAAGCAUACCAUUGUGAGUAGAUAAAUAGGUAUCACUGCGGUGGGAAGGUAAAUGGCAUUUCUGUGCUCUCUGGCACUCUUCAUGGUGUCCCGUUGCACCAGAAGCGAUUUAGUCAUGCUGGCCACAUGACCUGGAAAGCUGUCUGCGGACAAACACUGGCUCUCUCGGCCUGAAAGCGAGAUGAGUGCUACACUCCAUAGUCGCUUUUGACUGGACUUAACCGUCCAGGGGUCCUUUACAAGAGAAAACCAAAGCUGGGGUGAGAACAUUUCAUUGCUGUGUAGCCUGCCUUCAGCCUCUCAUCCCUCUUCUUCAUGGACAGAGAGAAUCGGAUCACACAGGAUUAUGAACGGGAAUUCCCAGAGCUGAGGCCAGAAAGUGGCAGAGCAGAAGCACGAGGCAGACGGAGCAUUGACACUGUGGAUCUGGAGACUGAGGUGAGUGCAUGGCCAGGUACCACAGUCAUUUGAAUAGUUGCAAGGAAGUACUUUCUUGGCUUUCUGAUGGUGGCGGUACUCACUGACUCACUCUUGCCUCUUAGGAGUUGGAUAGCGAUGAGGAGUGGCAGCACUUGAUAGAUGCCACAGAUCCUGCCCAUGUGCAGCUGAGUGCCCCACUGAGCCUUCUGGGAGACCCUGCUUUUGUGCAGCGCAUCCAUGCCCGACUCAAGGAUUCUGGUCGGCAGGUGAGUUGUAGGGAAAGGCUAAACACACACACACACACGGUAUGUUUGCUGUAUGCUGGGUAUGUCCUUCAGAAGCUAAGCGAGAUUUCCUACAGAGAGAAGAGGAAAGAAACUGGUGGAAACACUCUUUCCUUGUUGAAUUCCUUUGGUAGUUUUGGCCUUUCAGCUAGUACAUGAUGAGCCACAUACAUAGAGACUAGGGACAGCUUGGAAAGAUGGAGACUCUUAAGAAUUGACAGGGUAUAGAGGUCUUAUAAAAAUGUGUGGAUCCUAGAAAGGAAGCUGGGCAUGUCAUUAACUCUUUAGUUGGGAGCAACAUCUCAUGGAUGAAUUUUGGGAUGGCGAGAGUGUGCUGUGAUGCUGUUGAAGACAGAGUGACUGUGGAAUCAGUAGUUUGUAUGGUGUUUCUAGAGCAGUUUAGGCAUUGGUGUGGGGAAGGUCUCUGUUUCUGCCAUGACUCUUACCCUGUAUGGGGACGAGUUGUAUGUCCUAUGUACAUUUACCCCUUUUCCUUAUACAGGUGCUGGAGGGAAUGCUGGAGGGAGCUUCCCAUCUUCGCCCUGCCCUCCAUGUUAUUGGCAACUUGUUAAGUACCCGCUGUGACACAGAGCUGUUGUACACCUUCUGCAGUGACACAGGAUUAUCCCACUUCCUUGUGGAGCUAGCGGGAAGUAUCCUAGAGAGUAUCAACAUCAAGCAGGUAGAGAAGAGGCAUUCGCCAAAACGGGGGGUAGCCAACAUGGUGCCUUCCAGAUGCUUUGGACUACAACUCCCUCCCUCCCAGCAUGGCCAAUGGUCAGGGAUGAUGACCACAUUAUCUGGAGGACACCAUGUCUGGUACUUGCAUUUUGAAGAGUUAAAGCAUCUAGGUGCAUAGCAGGCUGUUAUUUGGACCUUUUUCUUAUUGGACUAUAAUCCAAACUAAGCAUAUAGUAUUUGGAUUUUUUUUUUAAAAAAGAAGGUUCAUUAUGUAAAAGUAUUUAACUUGCACAAGGUUAAAAGCACUGUUAGAGUGUUCUGCAGAAUCUGGGAUAUUUUGACAAGAAUCAUAAGCAGCUAGGAAGAAGAGGAGGUAUGAAUGGCGGGCAAGAGGCUAGGAACCGAGGGCUUGGCUGAGUAACUUUAUCACCUGAUUGCUUGAAACCUCCAGGGUGUCUGACCUUACCACAGCUGAUACCAGCAUGUUUAACAUAUAUGUGGAUAACUCUGGGAACUAAAAACAUUUAUUGGUGAGAUUAUUUUAAAGCCUCAUUCUUUGAUCCCAAAUUUUGUGCUGCAUGGAGUUUACACUGUAAUGGAAAACAGUCUUUCCUCUACAGAUUCUGUGCAUCUGUACAAAGGUUAAAUUUGGCACAGAAUUCAACCCACUUUACUCAGAACUCUGUUAGUUUCCUCCUCCUCCCUUUCUUCUUACCUUGGCAGAUGAUUCUGGUAGUUCUUGAUUACUGGUUCUUUCUAUGGGGCACCCAACCAGUUGGAAUCCAGCCCCAAGAACACAUACCUCUCUCUCUAUCCUACAGCAGCCCUGGUACAUCACCCUACUGAUAGACUUAAUCACUGUCCUGUCAGCCUACUUUGCCAGUGAUUUCAACCGACAGCAGAGUGGAAAGAAGCAAAGGUAAGACACUUUCAUGGCAGAUGAAAUAUGAAGGUGAAUUAUGCUAUGUUGUCGGCAGUAUGGGAGUAGGCAAAAUUAAAGCACAGUGUGCAUGAAUACAGUAAAUACCAAAAAGAAGCAGUUUCAUUCCACACUCUGAUGCCUUGUGCCAUUAUUUAGUCUGAGAACUGGAAAUGGCAUAUAAUGUCCCUAGUUACCUGUCAUCAUACAGGUUCUGAGCAUUACACAAUUAUACAGUACUGGCCAAAGAAAGGGAGAAUCUGAGUGCCUGUGUUGAGCUCACUGCCAUGUUUCAAGGCUAAGCUUCUAUGCCGAACCUAUAAACACAGAUAUUUCUCUAGUUUGCAGGCAUUCCACAGUUCUGCCAGUCGCUUCCUUGCCCUGUUACCUGCACUGCUGGUUCAGCCCGCAGACCAAGAGAGCAGGCUGCGAGAACAAAGCCUGAUGGUAAGGGUCCCUUUGAAGCCUCCUAUCUCCUGGUCUACUCAUCUCCAUCUUGCCUCAGUCUCUCUCCCUCUCCCUUCAGCAUCCUUUUAAUGUUUAAUGCUCAAUUUAAUUUCAUUAAAUUUAAUUUAAGGGAAACUGUAUUAAAUUUAAUUCAGUUUUCUUCUCAAUUUAAUGUUCACUUCUCCCUGCCUACCCCUGGAACCUGUGUGUUUUAAGGCUUGGGACAGAAAUGGGUUCCAACCCAGAGUUUGACUUUUUCAAAGAUGAGGAGCAGCUAUUGUUCCUACAUCCCAAAAUAUAUAACAUAUUUGUAGUACAUUCAUUUCUGUGCCCUCUUUUGUCUUUGGCUACAUACAGCAUAGCAUAGGGCUUCUGGAAGGUUGCCCAGAAGGGAAUGCGGGCCUCAGGUUGAAAAAGUUUCCCCACUCUUGCUCUAGGCUCCCCACAACUCCCAGACCUAUACUGUCCUCACUGCAACAGCAUCUCUUGUUUCUUAUCCUUACAGUGCUUCACCCACUUGUGUGAGAGCAUGGAUUGUGCCUGCCCAUCCAUCUCCAUUCCCUUUUACACCAGCUUGUUUGAGGAGCAUCACCGCCUUCUGGAUGUGCUCUGCCAUGAGGCUAGCUGUAAGCAGCCAGCUCAGGAAGGUAACAAAUGCUGUGGAGAAUGUGCCCAUCUGACUGCAUUUUGGGAUAAUGCAAAAUGCCUCCUGAUUCCAGACUAAACAUCUGAAAGAACUUUCCGACAGUAGGAGCUGUUCAACAGUGGAGUGGUCUCUCUUGGGAGGUUGUGGACUCUCCUUCCUUUGAAGCUUUUAAGCAGAGGUUGGAUGGUCAUCUGUCAUGGAUGCUUUAGUUGAGAUUCCUGUAUUGCAGGGGGUUGGACUAGAUGAACCUUGGGGUCCCUUCCAACUCUACGAUUCUAUGAAAACAGGCCUUUUCAGUGGUGGCUGCCUAAUUAUGGAGUGCCCUGCCCAGAGAGGCAAGCCUAGUGUCAUCUCUAUUUUUAUGCACUAGGCAAAAGUGUUUCUUUUACCCAGGCUUUUCACUCUUAAUUUGAUGGUUUAAAGGUAGGAUGGAUGUAGUAGACCUCCCUUUUAUAUGGAGGAUGCAUUUGGGUCCACUUUGAGCAAAAAAGUGACAAAUAAAAGUAGACAAUAAUCGAUAAUAUCACUGUAAGUGGCAUUUCUGUUCCACUUCCAGUUGGUGUAUUUAACCUUACUUGGUGUAUUCUGUUUGCUCCCCAACCCCCAACAGUGUUCCCCAAAGAAGCAAAGGCAGUGCAAGAGUGGAGUGAACACUUGGCAGUUGCCUCUACUGCAGCCCUAGCUGCAUCCUGCGGCAUCCCAGGAGGGCACAGCACAUGUCAUAAGGCCAAAAAGCAGGUGGGAGUCUUAUUGGCAUUUAUGUUUCUGAGAAGUUGGCUAUAUUGCUCCCUCAAGUGGUGGAAACUGAUAAUGGUGUUAGCACUGAAGGCAAGGGAUUUCCAUUGCAGAUCUCUCAGCAUGUAGCCCAGAAGCUCAUUGAGAAAGAUAAUGACCUGCUUCCAAGUCUUCUCUCAGGAAUUGAGCGCUCUGCCUCUUCUCUCAAUGGGAUGAAGGUAACGCAUCUCCCCAUGUUCCCUUUGCUUCUCUGGGAGUCGGGGAAUUGGUGCCCAGGGCAUCUUAUCCUUGGAGGCAACAUGCCUUAAUGCAUUCCCUUUUCCCUCCUCACUUGGGAAGAAAGUGAUGAUGUCUCAGUGGUCUGAUAUUGCUUUGCAUUUCCAUCACCCAGGUCCUGUAUGCCUGUUGCCAUGUCAGUCUGACUCUGUGCCAUCGCUUAGCAACUCCAGAAAGGCUGAGCUCCCUGAUUUGUGCCCUGCAAGGCAAGGUAUGUUUUUAUUCUGAAACUGCAAAGAGAACUGCCUCAUCAUGAGCACAUGCAAAGUCUCAGCCCUAAGAAGGGAGAGAAAGGAAGCUGCCUCUUACCAGGUCAAACUAUUUUUCCAUCUGAUAUUGUCCACUCUGACUGGAAGUGUCUUUCCCUGGUCUCAGUCAGGGGGUCUUUCUCGUCAACCUGCUCCCUGAUCCUUAUUUAAUCAGAGAUGCUGGGGUUUGAGAGUUAAUGAGCAAGGAACUGGAAACUGUAUCAGGGAAAGGAUGGUGUGGAAACAGGAGAGGCGUUCCAACAUGAUUGGCAUGGGCAGGGGACGGGCACUGAGAUAACCAUGGUUUUAGAGCAAAACAUUGUGAGAGGAACAUUGGGUAGCUUCUCUUAGGAGUGGAUAUGGGAUGGAAAGGUGAUGGUUUAUGGGGCCAGUGUUUCAGGACUGAGCCUUGUCUCUUUGAAAGGUCCCACUGACUGAAGUGGCACAGGUACAGGCAGCUGAAGCCUCACUGAGACUCUUCUCCCUCCUGCUCCUCCAGCUACAGAUCCUCCCACCUCAGUAAGUGUUGUUGCUUUGGCACCGUUCAUAUUCUUGCCUUGACUGCUUGGGAACAAGGGAAAGGGCUCGCAGAGACUUAACUUGAGUUGUGUGGAUUGGCAAGAAGUGGAUUGGCAAGAAGUAAGGAGAGUCAGUGCUAAAAUGGGGAGGCGCUUGACACAACCCUGGUUUUGAGGGAUAUGCCCCAUCACAAAACGUGCCAGUCCAAGAGAUGUUUUGCAGGAAGAUGUACAAUGGUGCUUCACUGUGCUCUGUAAGCAGAUACAUCCCUCCCACUACACUCUUUUAAUGUUUGCUGUAGCUGUCCUAAACUCAGGAGCAGCUUGCCCAAAGUGAGGCCCAGUAGCAAUAGCCUCCCAGCUAUUUACACAGAGUAUACAUAAGGAGAGAGCUGGCACCUGUGUUAAGGACUAGACUUCUGGUGACUGUAAGCCGUGCUGAACUGAUGGUUUCUUAGUCUGAAGCAGAAAGUACCCAGCAGUGAGCAACAAUGCUGCCAAGAAGGUUUUUUUUUGAUAUUUAGAAAAUGAAAUUACUGGUUUUUAGGAUUCCCCUGAAGCUGCUACAUAACAUAACCACAUUUUUUGAGCCACAGUGCAGCCCCAGCCUUAGUUUUCGGCUGCCGUUCCUUUUCCAGGCACACACUUAAGUGCCUGGCAAGUAUUGCUAGCUUUGAAGAUGAGGGCCUUGGCAUCCGUUGCUUCAUCCUUCUAAUGCUGCUAUUUCUUUGAUUGUGGUUUAGGUCUGAAAUAGUGCUGAAGGAAGCCAUGGCUCUUUUCAACCAUGCAACAGCUACCUCUGUUCUAGUGAGUAAUCUCUACUCCAGGGUAGAGUUUAGAGCUGUCUAUAUAGAUUCUUUUACUCCAUAUGUGUAAUCUGAUUGUCAAUAGCCCCAGCUGUAGGUUUGUACUCACGAGAAACUCUUCCACAUUGCACCCAAUGGCGAGUGAUGGAUUCUCACUAAGGUCAAGGAAAGGACCAAACAGUUAUCUUCCCUCACACAGUUGGAGGUAUUGUAGACAGAGCUUCACAAGCUGUGAAAAAGAGGUAUCCCACUGUUCCCACAAAUGUGUACUAGAUACUUCUGGACUGCAAAGAAAUGGUCUGCCUGUUACCCUGUCAUACCAGAGGUAUCAGAGUUGGACUUCUGUAGACUAUGAAGGAGAAAGCAGCAUUGCCAUUCCUGUGGGGAGUCUAAUAACUAGAUUUGCAUCCAGUUCAAGUAAAGAAGGCAUUCUGGCCAUUCCUGCACACAGAGGGGUCUCUCUGUCUUAUGCAGAGUGCUGCAGGAUUGCUGCUGACAUACUUCAUUCAAAAUGGCGCUGCUGUGAUGAUCAGGGAAGAGGAAGCCAUGGCCAUUAUAGCUACUGUAUUCACAGAACCUGCGGAGGUAAGAAACCAGCUCCAGACAGACAGGGGCAAAUCAGGACACAUAGGCCACUGGCUGUAUCAUGCUUGUCAUGCCAUAUAGUGGUUGACUUUGAGGUCACUGUCUCAGGUUUAGUCCUUUCUCUUGGUGUCUUUCAGCUAUGCCUGCCACCUCCCAUUGGAGCUGGCUUCUAUGAUGGGCUCCUGCUCUUGAUGCUGCAGCUAUUAAGCCAGGUAUGACUUCAUGCCCCACCAAGCAGCUUCCUUGCAUUCUCUAGAGCAGCAUUGGCCAACCUGGUGACCUCCAGAUGUUGCUAGAUUGUAGCUCCCAUCAGCCCCAGCCAGCAUGUGGUCCAACAGACAGUUAUGGUCUAACAUCUGGGGGCACCUAGUUGGCAAAGGCUGCUCAAGAGGAUGUACACAAAUGAUCCAGGAGGUACUAGGGAAAGUAUUUACUGUUAGGUGAAGCAGAAUGGGGUAGGGUAAGAAAUGGCUUGCUUAAUUCUGCCAAGGCCAUGUGUAGCCCCUCAGCUCUUGGCAGUAGGGAACUGGCUCUCAUCCAGGUGCUGUCCUGUCUGUUCAUGGACUUCCUUGGACGUUGCCCUAUCCACAACUGGAAGGGCCACUUUGGGUCAAAGGACGGAGCAGCCUUCCCCAACCUGGCAUCCUCAAUGUUUUGGGCCACAAUUGCCAUCACCCCAACCAUUUUCUAAUCUAUACUUAACUGGGGCUGAUGGGAGGUGGUUCCAAACAUCUGGAGGGCACCAGGUUGGGUAACACUGAGAUAGAGAAAGACAGCACAGUCUAGAACUGGACCUAAACAACUCAGUUUGCUAACAUAGUUAUACAGAUAUGAUAAUUUCCAAGCAUAUUUUCUGGCUAGGUGGUUCAGUUCUUUCUAUAGAAUUUGAAAGUUUAAAAAAAUACUGAUGAGGACAUUGCACUAUUCUUAUAUACAAUUUGCUGUGUAUGUAUAUUUGUGUGCAUGAAGAAACUCCAGCCAAAUUCUCACCUAUAGCCACCUGCAUAUUACCACAUUGUUUCCCCCCUCUUAUGGACUAGAAUUUUGCUUCCACCCAAUUAAAAUAUAUUAUGAUAGCUAAAAUGUAAUAAAAGCAGAGUCUUAGGAUUCUGCAGGACUGGCCCUGUUCCAUCUUUGAAAAUAUAUGUUGCAGUUGGUGGUGAUGAAGACCUUAAAUUCCCUAGCAAAAUGGGGAGGGCAGUUAAGUCCCUGCCCUUUCUGGGCAUAUCAGCUGAGUUAUGUGCAGCAAUUCCUCUUAGUGGACGCCCAGCUUCCUGCUUUUUAGAUACAGGUGGGAAGAGAGGUCCAGUCAGAAAGGGUUUAGGUCUGUCAGGCUACAGAGGGAGCAUCCACGGAAUUAAGGUGUCUCCGAUGAGCCAAAUCCCUGAGCUGCAAUGCAGAAUAGGGUGUUUAGGCUCCCAUCUCACUGCUCUGGGGCUUGUUCCUCUUCUGUCAGGGAGAUGCAGCAGUAGUGCGGGAGUUUGCUACCUCCGAACUCUGGGGCAUCGUGUGGCAUCGCUUUGCCAUGGUGCUCCACUUGACUUCUCAGGAGCCAGUGAUGGAAGGAGACACCCCGAGAGCUGGCCAGCAGGCACCAGAGCCAUACUGGAACCUCAUCUCACCACAAGGUACAAAGUGGCUUUCCUUUAGUAAGAACCACCCCAAAUUGCCUCUUGGGCAUCUCCUCUUGCUAUUUGCGUGUCAGAAGACAGAGCUGAGGAGGUUCGUCUUGGUGAGGCUGUAUAUAAGGAUGCUCACAGUCUUUCCAUGGUGCCAGGCCUGGUUCUGGCAGUCACCUCUCCGAUUGGGAAAGGCAAGGGGACAUUGAAUAGGUGGCUAAGGGGUACUCACUCGUACUUUCCCUGCUGUAGGAACCUUGCUCUUCCUCAGCUUAGCCCUCUUCAUCUUCACACGAGAGCCUCACCAGUGCCUUCUCCAGCUGGGCCAGCCCAAUGGGGUCAUGAUGGCAACCCUGAGCAAGCUGCUUGAACCUGACUUCCUGACUUACUUGGCACAAACGUGAGUGAUAAAUCCAGGGCUGAGCUAUAGAAGGAAGUAAACUAAAUGCUGCUAGAGUGGGACAAGGGCAGGGGGCUGCUGCAUAGAAACAUACUUGUCAUUUACCCAAACACAGCACAGCAAUACAGUCUCCCCCAACCCUGAUUUUGGUCUAGCUCCUCCCCUUCUUACCAACUUCCAUUUUCAGCAAGAAAGCUGCCCCAAGACGCAGAAGUGGAUGAUAUGCAACCUUCUGUGUUCCUAUGUUCAAUCUCAGGAAUGUUCCAGAUACAUGCAGCUGAAUCUGGCUUUCUAACAACCUUUGUUUUUAUAUUAAAGAUGAAGUUUUUAGGAUUAUACUUGUCCGUAAAGGUUUUUAUUGAGCAGGCCAUUGGAUUAGAUUAGAUUAGAAAGAGGCACUAGUUGUGCUCUGCAUAUCUCCCAAACUCUCCUCAGUUUCAGCUUCUUAUUACAGCAUCCCUAUGUAAACCUUAUUCCUUGCCCUUUUCCAAACUUCGCCAAUGUAUUUGAUUCCUAAUUCCAAAAAUUACAGUCAAAAUAAGGUGUGCACAUUAAGCCUAUUUCUGCUUUGGUAUAACACAAAAAAGUUAAAGGACCCCUGACAGUUAAGUUCAGUUGUGAACGACUCUGGGGUUGCGGCGCUCAUCUCACUUUAGUGGCCGAGGGAGCCAACAGUUUUUCUGGGUCAUGUGGCCAGCAUGACUAAGCCGCUUCUGGCAAAACCAGAGCAGCGCAUGGAAACGCUGUUUACCUUCCCGCCAGAGUGGUACCUAUGUAUCUACUUGCACUUUGAUGUGCUUUUGAACUGCUAGGUUGGCAGGAGCUGGGACCGAGCAAUGGGAGCUCACCUCAUUGCGGGGAUUCGAACCACCGGCCUUCUGAUCAGCAAGCCCUAGGCUCAGUGGUUUAAACCACAGCACCACCCGUGUCCCGCUUGGUGUAACAUAGCUAUAAAAGAGCAUAUUUGCUUCUUUUAUAAAAAACAGUGAUUUGGCUCAGAGCAAUUAACUUUUUGUUCAAGACAUCCCUUAAAACCAGCAUGUAAUGGCUGAAGGCCAGGGCAGGGCAGAUGGAAUAUAGAAUGUUGCCUUAUACCAAGUUAGACUAUUAGUCUACCUCAUUUUCAUUUAUUGUCUACGCUUGACAGAUAAGAGGCUCUCCAGGGUUUCUGGAGCUUACUAUUGCAGCCCAAAUAUACUUACAGCUGGAAGUUAACACCUCACUUUGAUGGCUUUCUUCCCUCUUCCAGGCAGAUGCAAGAGGAUGGUGACCCAGAGCUGGUAUCAGCUGUUGUGCUCCAAAUUUGCCAGCUGUUUUGUUUCCCCUUUGCUCUGGACAUGGACCCUGAAACUUUAGAGCUUAUUACAACAGGUCUAAGGGACUCUGAAAUCCCUGCACGGUUACUCCAGGUAAACCUUUCCUCAUGUUGGUUGUCUAAGCACUAGAUGCAGACUCUGCCUUAGCCAGACCAGUUGCCCUGCUCCACACAAAGCAAUGCCUUUCAUCCUGAUUCAUGGUGGUUGUGCUUAUGUGGAUGCACUCAAAAAACUGCUUUUCAUAAAACAAGGCACCAAAUGCCUUUUUUGAAGGGGGUUGUAGGCUGGGGAAGGGAUGGAAAUGCCAGUCUCAUAAAGACAUAAGGGAAUUUUUACCCUUUAUGGGAAACAUUUUUAAAAUAAUAAAGGUUCAGAGUUAUGUCCAACAAAGUUGUCCAGUUUGUGGAAAGACUACAAAUAGAUUUUGUGGCUAGGGUGAGGAAAGUAAGUUCCAUAGCAUAAGCAGAAGUCUUUGCACAAACACAACUUUGUUGGUGCCAACUUCAUACUGGUAUGCACACUUUGAGACACUAUUCUGCUUUUGCUUUCUUUGUAGGCCUGCAUUCACCACCUUCCCUUCUCAGAGACAGAGUUGCCAUUGAGUCUCCUGUGCCACUUGGUGCUGAGCGACGAGGGAGUCAUUGAGCAGGUGGUGGGGGUGGCUGCCUCAAAGCAUGCUGUUGCCUUCUUGUCUGCCAUUUUGCUAUCAGACCAAGUAGCCCUUACUGCAGACUUGCUCUCUCUGCUCACCCACAUAGCUCGGGCCAGUCCAGCUCACUUGCCUUUCCUACAGAGACUCCUAUGUGGUUCAGACUCUGCUUCCCAACCACUGAGCCACCUGCUGUGUCACCAAGAAUGCCCGGUUCGUGCCAAAACUUGCAGCCUUUUGGGGAACUUGCUGCGCCACAGACAGGGGUUUCCUCAGGUUCUGCAGGACCAGAUUGGGCUGCUGGAACAUCUGCUGGAACGCCUUUCGGAUGAGGACGAACAUGUGCGACGCUCAGCCAGCUUUGCUGUUGGCAAUGCAGCCUACCAGGCUGGCCCUCUUACUCCAGCCCUCAGCAAAGCAGUCCCUUGGGUUGUUCAGCUCCUGAGUGAUCCGCAAGCCAAGACCCGCUGUAAUGCGGCUUCAGCACUGGGCAACUUGGGCCGCCAGUCGGUGGAACUGGAGGAUUUGCUGAUCCAGAGCAGGGUACCUGGUCGUCUAUUGGAUGUGGCCUGCCAUGAUUCGCAACCAGCUGUGCAAGAGGCAGCACUCAUUGCUCUUCGAUCUAUUGGCCAGCAGCCCAGGAUCCACCAGGUAUUAGUUCAGCAACUGUGGAGGGAAAAGACUCGGCCAGCUGAGGGCAGGCCCUAAUAAACCAGCAGUCAGAUUUAUUGUGCUUCAGUUAAUUCCUGACAAUGCAUAACGGAAGCCUUAUUGCAAGGUUACCUGCCAUGGUUGUUGAGGAUAAUGAAGCUUUGCUUGCUGGUCAAGAAUUGAGGUUUGUACAUUGGGGCAAAAAAAAAAUGACAUUGGUAGGUUCUUGUUGGCGGGGGGCGGGGCGGGCUUGAGAGUUCAUUGCUGCUAUUAGCUGCCAUAUUCUCUUGACCCUUCCUUUCUAUGAGAGAAGCACUUUACAAACAGUCAGUGUGAUACCUGACUUGCUUUGCCGUCUUAAUAAGCAGUUAUCAAUAUAACUCAAUCUCUUCCAUUCUUUCAAAAACAGUUGCACAUAAGUGAGCUCCAAACUAUCCCACCACUGGAUUCUCAAGGAAUAGAUGUUUUUUCCACGAUAAUUUUCUGUUGGUUCAAAGUGUCUCUGAGCUUAUAUUAGGUCACCCACCAGUAGAUCUCAUUCUUCCUUUACCUAGUUACAAUCAUCACUUUUUAUGUGUAAGGGUGGUAUCCAAUGUACUUGCUCUGUUAGUGCAAGGAUUGGCAUUUGUGCAAUGGAACUCUCCUUGAUUCUUGUGCACCUCAAACCUUCCCCAAAUUUGCUUUGGAUGGCUGUGGAAGCCCCGUAACAGACUUAGAGGGUAUGCAGGGAGGAAGGGGAGUUACUUUGCACAGCCAAAAGGCCUUGCACCGACAGUACACUGAAUACAACCCUAAGUUGCUAGUCCCCUUUCUAUGAAAACAUGACUGUGUUCCCCAAGAAUCAUAGAAUUAUAAAGUUGGAAGGGUUCCUGAGGGUCAUCUAGCCCAACCCCCUACAAUGCAGGAAUCUCAACUAGAUUGUAUGUGACAAGUGGCCAUCCAACCUCCGUUUAACAACUUCCAAGGAAGGAGAGUCCAACACCUCUCAUGGGAGUCUGUUCGUUCCACUAUUGAACAGCUCUGUCAGAAUGACAUCUUUCUCAGUACCAGACGUUGAAGAUAUACUGGAGUUAUGAGGCUCUCUAUAGAAUCCUAUUGCUGUGUUAUUCACAUUGAAGGAGUUACCAUGUAAUUACUCAAAAGGGGGCCUUGUUUUCAGUCCCAUCCCCAACAUAACAUAUUCCUCAAUCAGCUGUGCAUUACUUGCAGUAGAUGGAAGUCCCAACACAGUGUCCUGAUAAUGCGGAAGUGAUGUUAGAGGCAGGAUUAAAAACACAGGCCUUCUCUAAGUAAUUGUGGUAAUGCCCUACAUAGCUUAGCACAAUAGGCUAUGUCAGGGCACAAUAUAUAUCUGUCCCAAUUUCCUUUCCAGGUGCUGGUGUCACUCGGAGCAAGUGAAAAGUUGGAAGCACUUUCAUGUAACAAACCUCAGACUAGUGCUUACAGCAGCCCACGGCCCUCAUCAUCAAGGCAUUGUAAAAAAUUGAUCCACCUCCUGCAGCCUGCACACAGUGCCUAAGAAUUCAAGAGGGUUCCAAUGUGCUCUUCCUUCCAAACACCAGAGGUUUGGAGAACCAUGGAGCUGAAAUAUCAUUGCAGCUACUGUCUUGGAGUGGCCUUCAAUAUGCCAAAAUGUCAAGAGCGCGCUAGUCUUUCUAGCUGAAGUUGGAAGUAAAACUCUGUUUUACAUCAUCUGAACAGAGCUACCACAGUCCGCUGUUCAGUAAGGACACCAUCCAAGCACCAUUUUCUUGCUAUGAACCAUCCAUGGAAAAAGCCAAGCUGCUGUGUUCUCCUAUCUAAACAAAGCCUUGUAGCUCAUGUGUAGCAAAAACCCUGGCUCAGUGCACUCUACAUUAAGUGCCUUGGGAUACUGGUCUUUGUUUUUUCUUUUUUUCUGAGAAUUUCUUCCUUUCCCUUUGAAGAAGAGUGGACAGCCACAAGUCACCAAGCAUCCCUACUUAAAAGCAGAAAAGAGAACAGAGGCAUUGCUGGCCAGAAUAAAGUAGUACCUCUUUUGCUUUGACUUUUGCAGGUUAAGUUGUGGGUCAGAAGGCCGGAAGCAUUUUCAGUUUUUGAUAGGAGUUAUUGUAUCCCCCCUGGAGCCUCUGGAUCAACUAACGGAUUGCAUCCAUUAUUUGUUUUAGUAUUUCUUUGACUAGGACCCUGACCCAGUUGGUCUCUUUUUUAUAUAUAUGUAAUAAUGUGCUUUUGUAAUAAAACCUGGUUUGUUUUCUCACAUGUUCCUCCAUAUGGAUGUAGCCUAGAGGCAAUUGAUGGAAGAGAGUUGAAUCCCACCCAGAGGUCUUAAAAAAUAAGUUGUGGGUGCAGAAUGGCAUCCAUUCAUGCAACAGGGCUCCCUCUUCCCCUAAAAUCUGUGCUAGAGGAUUGGGGAUCUCAUUUCAUGCAUACCUACACCACUGAGUGCUACACUGAAUUACACCCUAUGCCAAAAACACACUUAGAUGCAGAAAAUAUAUGAACAUUUUGCCACAUAAUCUACCUAGCUUGAAACAUUUGUUACAAAAUUGAACAUGCAAGAUUAUCUUCCAUAUUUGUGUUGGGGAUUAGUGGGGGAAUGUACAAAUGAAAAAAAGUAAGGUUGCAAUUCUAAACACAUUCAGCUGUAAACAAGCUUUGCUGAACAUUGUAGGGCUUACUUCUGCAUAAAUGUGGAUAUGUGAGCCAUAAUCUUACACUCAAAUAAAAGCAGG